AUGGGGGUUGCCCCCCAGACUCCAUCACUAAACAUGAGCAUCACGAUAAAUGAUGGAUUCUUCGUUUUAGGAACAAAAAACUACACAUUCCCCAUCAUAAACAGCGAUGACGACCACAGCGCGUCAUCACCCGCUGGGAUGUCCCCGCAGCUAUCGCAGUCUCCGUCAACUCAAGGCGAUCCGGAAACAGAUGCGCUAAAGGGCAUGCACAUAGUCCUUGAAAAAAAAGUGAAGUUGGCUCCAAAUCUCGCUGCAGCCCUUAACGCGCACACAGACAAGGAAAGCAAAAAACAGAUAAAUCAAAACAAAGAUAAAGAUAAAAAAGAGGUCACUCGCAUAUUUUCUAAGUCUCCUCCUGUAAUCGACCUGGAGGAGGCAAAGAACGAGUGCAGCACGUACCAGGACACGCUGGCACUGAACAACUUCAGCGAUGAAAUACUGAAAGAGUUAUGCAAAGCUCUGAUAAAAGCGAUAGACGACUGGCUGAAGAAGUACACCGAAGGAAAAACAGUAAAAAUAAUGGGGUGCGGGCUCUCCGCAGACAUUCUCCAGGCAAAUGACUUUGGAGACAGAAUUAAGACUAUAAUGUGGAUGCAGUACGACAUUCUUCCCAGCUUUUUUUCUGGGAACUGCGCCCCGCUUGACCAGCAGUCGGAAACGCUUGCCAGAAAGUGUGCAGACCUUUUCAAGCACGAAAACCUCCCCAAGCUGACCAUCGAAGAGAGCAACAAAGUCGGGGUGGAUAGCGAGCACAUCUGGUACUGCUCCCUGGAAGACUACAAAGUGUCAAUUGGAGAAAAAGGCGAUCUUCUGAUGAAAGAUCUUCUGGAGGCAGCAGAGACCAUCAAUCAAAAACAGCAGAAGAUAACAUUUUUCAGCUCAACCGCACAGGGGGGCGGAGUGGCACUGAUGAGACACUCGCUCAUUAGAUUCAUGCAAAUGCUGGGCGUAGAUGCAUCGUGGUACGUCUGCACGCCCAGGCCAUCAGUCUUCAGCAUAACCAAAAUGAAGGUGCAUAAUGUCCUGCAGAACACCGCACAAAAUAAAAAUGCAAAUUGUCCAGAAACAGAAGACAUAAAAACAAGUCCAAAUGAAGGAAACAAAAAUGAAAUGUUUGCACCAGAGCAACCACCCAGUAACUGGAUGACACAAGAAGACAAAGAUAAAAUAGACAGCUGGCUAAGCUGCAACUACAACUCCAACUGGAAGAGAAUCGUGAUGAACAGCGCAGUUGUGGUGCUAGACGACCACCAGGUCGCUAGACUCGCGAGCAUGAUAAGAAGAGACUCGCCAAAUACGCUGAUCAUCUACCGAUCGCACAUUCAAAUACGGGGAGAGCUGAUAAAUGGAGAAAAAGACGAAAAUGGAAAUAUUUCUGCAAUUGACAAUGUGUGGAAUUUCCUGUGGGAGAGCAUCCAGUACGCCGAUUAUUUCGUAAGCCACCCAUUUCCAUCGGCUGUUCCAAAGGAUGUGCCAUCGAGCAAAGUGAUAUUCCAGCCCGCAGGAACUGACCAGCUCGAUGGACUUAAUAAGCCGCUGAACAAAUCAGCAAUCGACUACUACCAGAAUGUGUUCAACAGAAUAUGUCUUGACAAUGGAGAAAAUCCAGUAAACUUCACUAAAAAGUACAUUGUGCAGGUGGCAAGGUUCGAUCCCUCCAAGGGAAUCAGCGAUCUAUUGGAGGCGUACUAUAAGCUUUUCUGCAAGUACAAAGCAUCUUAUCCGAAUGAGGUCUUUGAUGUGGGGCUAGUCCUGUGCGGGCAUGGGAGUGUGGAUGACCCAGAGGCCACAACGAUCUUCAAUCAGGUAAGCGAAAAAACAAACGAAGAAAAGUUCCAGGAAAUAAAACACCUGAUUACGAAGGUAAGACUGCCUCCCUCUGACCAGCUGCUGAACAUAAUACUAAGAAAUGCGUACAUUACGUGCCAGCUAAGCACAUCAGAGGGAUUCGAGGUGAAGGUAACUGAGUCUCUGAUGAAGGAGGUUCCGGUUAUCGUCUACAGAGUAGGAGGACUGCCUCUGCAGGUGAAGGACGGGGUGAAUGGGUUUAUAAUAGAAAAAGGGCACAUUGAAGAAGUGGCAGCCAAGCUGUUUGAGAUGAUAGUGGAUGAGAGCUUGUACAAAAAGAUAAAAGCAGGAAUAAAUCCAAAAGACUUCAUUGUGAUCACGACACCUUUCCAGGCUCUCUUCUGGCUGAACAUGUUCAACAGAGACGUGGAAAAAAGCAAAGAGUACUACAAGGAGUUUUCAAAGAAGUAUCUGAGCUAA